UAUCCUUAGUUGAAGCCUUGAGGCAGUCUGUGGGAAAGAAGUCUUACACCUGACAGAUGGACUGAGUAUUUGGCCCUGUCUGUGACUGUAGUUAUAGGAUCAGCAUUAGGGAUGAAGUUAAGGGCCAGGGGGAGGAACUAAGUAAUGCAGCAGCAUCCAGGAGGAGAAUAUUUAAUGUGUAACGUCUUCAAAGAGUAAUGGUAUUAUAAUAAGGCUACAACAGAACCACCAUUAAAAGUUAACACUCUGAAAUACAUACAGAAAAGCAUAUUUCAGGGUAUCGCUGUGAAAAAAGAUCACAUUUAAAAAUGUAAUGCUUCCCCUGUCCUCUUCUUUUGCCAACAUCUAGGAAAGGCACAUGACACUUUCAGCCCCUAGGUGGGGGACAGGGAGCAGAGCCGGCAGCAGUAGGGCGGAUCUAAGGUGUUGUGAGUAAUGUAGGGAGACGGUUUUGGAAGGCCUCAUUUCAAGCAGCAUGCCGUUGUAGCGAAGGGAGUUUCAUUUUUGUGCCUUACCUGAGUCUGCUGCUAAAUCAUCCCAGUGAGCAAGGAACCCCCCCUGAGGCGUAGCCGUGAGUGAUUGCUUGAGAGGCAUCGGGAGGCGGCUAUGUGUGGCUCUGGCCUCUGCAAUCUCAUGCAUACAAGACCUCUUUUUUUCCAGCGUCCCAAAGCUUUCCAAGCUGCAGAGUUAAAGCAGCCCUGGGCCGCGGUCUCCCUGCGCUGUAAACAGUUUAGCGGUGCGGGAGGCAUGAGUUGAGUAGCUCCCACAAAGCCUGUCCGUUGUGGGAUCAGCUCCUCCCACCCCAGACUCCCCCUCCAUGCCCGGGUGGGGUUUAUCCCCCCGGCCUAGCAGGGGACGAGGGGGGCUUCGCGCCGGGCGGGGCUGGGGGAGGUGUCUCUGGCCUGGCAGGCGCCUGCGCUGUGGCUACCGCUGAGGAAGAUGCCGUCGGUUUCGAAAGCGGCUUCUCGAGGUGGUGGGUCCCCGCAGACCGAGCAGCCGACGCACUAUACGUAUCUAAAGGAAUUUAGGACAGAGCAGUGCCCCCUAUUCUUGCAGCACAAGUGUACCCAGCACAGACCAUUUACCUGUUUUCAUUGGCAUUUCCUAAAUCAACGUCGUCGUAGACCCAUUCGAAGGCGUGAUGGGACUUUUAACUACAGUCCAGAUGUUUAUUGUACAAAAUAUGAUGAGACCACAGGAAUCUGUCCAGAUGGAGAUGAUUGUCCUUAUCUGCAUCGAACAACAGGGGAUACAGAAAGAAAAUAUCAUCUCAGAUAUUACAAGACUGGAACAUGUAUUCAUGAAACAGAUGCUCGGGGCCACUGUGUGAAGAAUGGACUCCACUGUGCCUUUGCUCAUGGGCCUCAUGACCUUAGACCACCAGUAUAUGAUAUAAGGGAACUUCAGGCACAGGAAGCCUUACAGAAUGGGCAGCUAGGAGGUGGAGAAAACAUCCCUGACCUACAACCAGGAAUUCUAGCUAGCCAAGCAAUGAUUGAAAAAAUUCUUAGUGAGGAACCAAGAUGGCUGGAUACUAAUUUUAUAUUAGCUGGCUACAAGACAGAACAAUGUACCAAACCCCCGAGACUCUGCCGCCAGGGUUAUGCAUGCCCCCAUUAUCACAACAGCCGAGAUAGAAGACGGAAUCCCAGAAGAUUCAAAUACAGGUCUACUCCAUGCCCCAGUGUAAAACAUGCAGAUGAGUGGGGUGAACCUUCCAAGUGUGAAAAUGGGGAUAACUGUCAGUAUUGCCAUUCUCGUACUGAACAGCAGUUCCAUCCAGAGAUUUACAAAUCUACAAAGUGCAAUGACAUCCGCCAAACAGGUUACUGCCCGCGGGGUCCAUUUUGUGCAUUUGCACAUGUUGAAAAGGACACCAUGAAUGUAGUCAUACUGCAAACUGGUUGUCAAUCAAAGCCAGGCGCUCAUCUGUUUUCAGCAGACAGCAUAGGAAUUGCAAAUGAAUGGAGCAGCAGUCUUAACUCCACAAACAACAUUACAAAUAACAAUGGGCAGUCUGGAAAUAUUUCCUGUGCCUCAAGUCCAACAGUAAUGUCAAGCUCUGGUAGCUGUAGCUCAUUGUCGCCUAUUGGACCCCUUUGUAGGCAAAGAUCAUUAGCAAAUGGUGCUUUGUGUUCCGAGUGUAGCACAUCAGGUGUUUCUUCACCAAAUUCUAGCUACCAAAAAGCACCAGGUUUUGAACGAGAGGAUCAGGUGAAACAGAAAAGCCUGACAGCCGACAAUUAUCAGAAAAUAAGUGAACAAGACAAUAAGCAGAACCAUCUCAGUGUUUUUUCAGUGGUUAAUCCACUUGCUUCAAGUAUAACCUCCAGUAUAACUUCUAGUCUGGCUUCCAGUAUUGGAUCAGAUAAUUCAUCCCCAACAGCUCUCUCAGCUAUCAGUGCCAAAGCUCUCCCGUUCUACCCUGGCAGUAAUACAGUUGAAUCAGUUAUAGGCUCUGCUUUAGAUCUACAUUUUAGUGAUAUAAGUGUCGCAUCCUUAGAUAAAGAAUUAGAAGAUCAAGAAAACAGUGACCUUGGAUUAACAAGUAAGAACUCAGUUUACGAAAGUUAUCCAUUUUCAUGUAUUUAUUUAAAGUAUUUUUCUUCCCUAUCAGACUCUUCAGAAGAUUUAUCAUACAGCUGAGACUCACAUAGCAACUAAAAAUGUUGUCGACAGCCAUACUGUAAACUUUGGCCUUGAUCUGGCAAUUGACUCUGCCUGCGUGGAUCCAAUUUCAGAUUCGGAAACUUUGACUAUUAUUCUACAAUUCUAUUUAGUGGAAAAAAUGUGAACAAGACUUCUUUAAGGAAAACUCUUUUUCCAACUCAGUCCCAAGUUCAGUAUCUUUCUUAGGAAAAUCAAGAUCUUGGCUCCCUUAUAUUGUAAACUUCCUGUUUGUAUUAUAUGUGCAAGGAUUAUAAGUUAUAUUGAGAUUCAUCAGAGACAGUGUUUAAAGUAAGCAGGACCUGAACAUCUUGAUUUUAAAAAAAGUUGAUUCUGUUUUUCCUUAAUGAGUGACUAAAAGGAAAUAAUGCAAAGAAUAAUCAUAUUUGAAAGAAGGAACGACCAGUUAAUUUGAAGGUCUGACUGGCUUUGUUUUACAGAGCUCACUCCCGGCUACCUACAUUUUCCUCUACUUUAUUUGCUUUCCUGCUUAGAACUGAGAGAGAAUACUUCAUCCAGUUGGCCUGUUCUGAGAAAGGAGAGGAAGAGAGAACACAGAGGAAGAGCAGUAUUGGGGUAGAGAACAUGGGAGGAAGGAUGAAAGGGAGAAAAACAUCAAGGAAGAAACAGUUUAAAAAUGCCACCCUUUCUAGAUGAAAGCAGAAAAGGAAGGAGAAAAAGAAUGGAAAAAUAGGAAGUUAAAACUGAGCCAUUGUAGUUUUAUGAAAUAUUUAAUUUGACAUGCAUUUCGAAGUGACAACUGUUAAGAAAAUAAGGGUAUGUUUUCAUAACAUCCCCAUGGAGCAGUGGAAAACUAAAGCAACAUUAAAAUAAAUUAUUAGUGCAUUGAUAACCUGGUCCAUGCUGGCUGUUUCCUUAAAGCACAUACGUUCUGUUGACAUUUACCCCAAGCCUUUCUCAAAUUUUUGGUGGUGCCAAUACUGAGUUACCAGGGGGAUGGGAACAUGGAGAGGAUCUCUCCUGACCAUACUGUGACAGGAUCCCCCUGGGGUGCAGCCUGGGACUGUGGGACUGCUGUGCCCCCUUAACUCUCUCCAGCCUGGGCUGUCUCUCUGAAUGCCUUGCUAGUGACCAGCAGCAACUCCGCCA